AUGUAAUUGGCUAUUGAUAAAGAAAAAUANGUUAGAGAAUUAAAUCUAGAUUAUUUCAUUUUUAUUGGAUACGAAUCAUUAUUUCAUUUUAUUAGGAUUACAAUCUGGAUGUUAAGAUUACUACUUAAAAUUUUAAGUGAUUUAGAUAGAUUAUCUUCAUUUAAAUGUCAUCUUUGGAAAGAAAACUAUAAAUUCUAUAGUUAUAUAAUGAUCUUAUAUAUUUAAAAAUACGUGAAAAUAAAUUAAUAUUUAUAAUAUUGUACAUAUAUGACAAAAUUUACAUCCUCAUUUAUCAAUUAAAGUUGUUGUUAAUGGUAUCAGUAAUUUAAAUAAAAUUUCAAAUAUUUUUUAUGUUGA